AGUGUUUCGAGGUGCACGAGCCCCUGCGAACCGGCUCAGAAACAAGCUCCAAGGGGACAACCAAACUCAAGGGUCUGCGCAGCUGAUUGUCGUCAGUAAAUAGGAUCUCACCGCCACGAUCCGUUACUCGAGAUCAAAGAAGAUGGCGGUUUCACCCUGUGGUCAACGCGGUUAUGGAGCAUGUCGUCGUUUGGUGGCACAGAAGUCUCCUAUAAAAGCGAGGGCAGAAACCCGGAAGGAACCCCAAGGUUGAAUCCAUUCUCUGCCUCACUCUCUUUUUCGAGCCCGGUGCUCCUGUCCUACGCUUGUCCUAGCGACUGAACGAUUUUUAUUCACGUCCAAGUAGUAACUAAACCCACCCAUGGUCCAACUCAGUUCAGUCUUUGCUGCCUUCUGUGCUAUUUAUGCCGUCUCUGCCGCCCCUACGCCCCUCCAGAAGCGUAUCGCCCAAACGAUCGCUGACUCCACUGCUCAGUGGGAGCAAGCUUGCUUGAAGGCUGGCGGUGGUCAGCAAUGCAACCCCAUCUCCCAAACCGCCUUCACGUCGCUUCUGGCCGCAGGCAAGAACUGCGACCAGCAAGAUGCAGCCGAUCAGAUGAUCGACCUCGCCAAGCAGCUCAACAACGACGCUGAGAUGAUCCGCCUGGCCCAGAUAUUCGUCCAGCAGCCGCGGAACGCCCCUGACAGCUUGCAAGUUCCCUACUGCCAGACGGCUCCCAAGAACGAGGAGUUGAACGGACUUUUCCACUGCCAGUUCGCUGGCUCAGACUUCACCAAGUUCAGCGGUGAUCAGACUGGCAACGUCCCUCUCGGUCUGACCGCCGUGAACCCUCCUGGUUCUUGCCCGGCCAAGCCUGACGGCCCCGUGCCUGACGGGGUUCAGCUGAACACACUCGUUACCAGCCCCGGAACACCUGGUGGCAACUCUACCGGUGAAGCCUCUACUACUGCGUCUGCCUCCGCGUCUGCGACUGAGUCUGCUUCGGAGACGGAGUCUACGGCCACCUCUUCCGCCGCCGCCGCCAGCUCCGCUGUAACUGGCAACUCCGAUUCUGAUGGUGCCGCAGCCGGAAACAACACUGGCUCCGGAGGUGCUGCCGCCAGUGGAAGCACCAAAUCGUUCACUCUCAGCAACGGUCAGGAAGCACAGAAGCAGAAUGCCCAAUUCGCUACCCUGUCCGACUCGGAUUCGUGCACUGAUGGCGAGAGCGCCUGCGUGAACGGUGGCUUUGCCCAAUGUGUCGGCGGCAAGUUUGUCACCACCCAGUGCGCUGGUGGCACUCAGUGCUUCGCCCUCCCCCUUGUCAACAGCGCUGGCACUUCCAUCACUUGCACGACGGAGGCUGAUGCCACCGCCCGUAUUGCCGCAACUGGCGCUACGGGAGGUAUCACUGGGAGCAACUAA